GCUUGGCGCUGAUAGGUGCGUGUUCGACUGGAGGGGCAAGUCGCCAGAGGGACCAGUCCUCCUGCUAAUUGUUAUGACCGUAGCUCUAUGCCCUCUCACCCUCACGGUGACAUGGGCAUCCCUCCGGGCGUGCUAGAGGUCAACUUCAUCUUGGCUUAUCCGCGAGGCUGGUCGCACACGGUGGCCAUGCUCAGUGAUGGCACACUUCCACCGCUGCACACUCCCUCGCCAGGGUUGCAACCUGGCAAGGCAACGGCGUCGCCCUGUGGCGGUCCUUGCUGCUUCUCAUCGUGCCAUGGACAGGAUGGGAACAGCAAAGAGCACAGACGCAUAUUGUGCUCAUGACCAAGUUGGCUGAAGAGCAACGCAACUUCAGCGACCUGACCAUUCUACCUCAUGAGGAGCAGGGAAUGAAUAGCGGCAAAACGUUCAACUUCUUUCGCUUCAUAGCCCAAAGUCGCGGUCGCAAUGCUCCCAAGCAGGCCUCCUUCUCACUGCGCCCACCUCGCUUCGUGAUGAAGAUGGACGACGACACCUUUCCCGUCUUGCCCAAUCCACUCCAAGCCUUUGCCAACCUCUCAUGCUCCCAACCAGCGUACAUCGGCACCUCCUGGGGUUGCACUCAGAGCUUUCCAUUUCACUUCGGCGGUCUCGGCUACGCGCUCAGCUGGCCCCUCGUCGUAUGGCUGGGCAACACCUCUCAGCCGCUUCCCUGGUGGCACACUCGUGGGAAUGAGGACGCGAGGCUGGGAGCAUACUUGCUGUCGCUGCGUGAGCCGAUUGUGACGGUUGACUACGGCGUGAAGAUGGGCUCUUGGUACGAUGACGACACAUUUCCCAAGGAUGGAGGAACGAUUGCGCUACAUUACCUCAAGGAGGCAAAAGUGUACCGUGAGCAGUCGGAGAGGAUGUGGCACAUAUACUCAAGGGGAUGGAGGUGGGAGGGAGCAAGGCCGUGGGUGGAGAGACACAAGACCAUGCGGGCGCAAUGGGGGGCGAAGGGAACCUAGGAUGAAUGCGCACGUUUUCAUUUGAGCUAGCUAUAGACAUGAGGGCAGUACGAGGCGCUGCGGUGCACUGUGUUUGAUGGGUAUGCUGGUCGACGAGCCGCGCAUCGUCAUGCUUGAGUACUCUGAGAGAGCCGUAUUCUUUUCCUCUUCCCGUCACUGCUG